AUGAGCAAGCUCCCGCGUCUUUCCUCCUCCCAUGAGAUCACGCAGGUCAAGCUGAUGGGUCCGCGGAACCCGCCUACUCCACCGGCACCCAGGACUCCCGGUGUGCCUCGCAUACCAUCCUUCGAGAACUUAGCAGCGACACGCAACGCCAAACACGGCCCUACGGCUGCCAUGCGUAGGAAACCACCGGCCACCUCUCUGGGAAAUCGGAGGGUAUCCUCGCAAUCUUCUGUGAGGCUGGGCCGGGAGGUGCGUUCCAAGUCCAUGGGCAUGAUGGGCGAGAUCAUACCACCUGUCCCGCCCAUUCCUGCUAAAUAUCUUACACCACCUGGCCGUGUCCUGUCACUACCCAGGCCACUGCUAAAGCCCCUUGAAAACCUACAUGAGGAAGCAGUGGCUGACAGUAAGCCUGAGUCCUUCAUUGACUUUGCUGACUUUGUUGGAUUACGACAGAUCAGCCAGUCGAUGCCCAUGGCGUACUGGUGCGGCCGCUUCACGACGCUCUCGGACCAGUUCCGCACCGCCGAGUCUGAUCGCGCGCUCCGGCCGAUCGACGACACGGACGAUAGCGAUGCCGCGGAUGUCUCUGACGAGCGGAGGUACAAGAUGGUCUUCAAGGAGCUGCAGGGCCUGUGUGUGACGACCGAGG